AUGCCUAAUCGUGGAAAAGGAAGAAAGAGACGAAACGCUCCUAACGUUUCGCAGAGAGGUACAGCGCCUAGCCUACGACCCAAUAAUCUGCCCAGUCAGUACAACUUCACGCCGGCGCCGGUCCAAGUUCCUCCUGCGAUGCACACGCCGGAUGUACCCACCCCCGUUCAGCCAGGGCAAUCAACGACGUCUCAUUUCUGGGACUAUCCCCCACCUCAAAGGCUUUUCCAGAGCACAUUGACCCCACAAUGUCAAGUAGAACAACCUCAUUCAGAAGAGGUUCAAAGACAAGCUACUUCUGAGCCCGAGUCUCCAACUUCUCCAAUUCAAGCCUCUGUCGGCCACAGUCAGCCAUCGUCUCAGGGCAACAACUUCCAACAAGCUCCUCCGGUGUUGCCGGAACUACAGGAGGACACGCUGAGGGCUCUUAAUGCCCUGCUGACGGUGCCAGGCAGGGAGAACUUCACCACGGUCCUCCAUCCUGAAGCCUUACCAAACACGACAUGGUUUGGCAAACGUGAUAAAGGAUCAAAACUUGUGAGGAGUAUUAGAGAAGUGUUUACAAACAAGUUUGAUGGUCCGUACUAUAGCUGGAAAUGUGUGCCUCAGGACAGACAAGAGAGAUAUUUUCUUGAAUUCGCGGUAAAAAAACCCACACAUGGGAUCCUUUGA